ACUGGACUGUCAAGAACAGUUUUUCUACAUCUCGACACCGAUCAGCGAAACAUUAAAGUAAUGGCGACACUGGUUGGAGGUGCAUCCGUGGUGAAGCAAGCCACUGCUGAGGUGCAGAAGAUCUGCGAUGAGGUCAAACAUCAUGCAGAAGAGAAGGCAGGGAAGAAGUUUGCCAUUUUCAUUGCCAAAUCUUUUACCGUACAGGUUGUGGCUGGAACCAACUACUUCAUCAAGGUAAAUGUUGGAAGCGAUGAAUUUGUGCAUCUGAAGGUUCAUAAGCCGCUUCCUCACGCUGGAGAAAAAUUCCAGCUGCACGGGAUCCAGACGUCAAAAUCUCAACAUGAUCCUAUUGCAUACUUCUAAUACAUAGACACAGAGAUGAUAAAAUGCCAUACUGUAUACAGAAUAGGCUGAUAUAUGGGAUAUAAUCAACUAAUGCAGAUAUAAAAGCUUUUAUACCAUUAAAUAAUCUCCAGUCCAGUGCCUACUGUAUGCAGAAGAGUUUUAUUACAAACACAUCUUUGUUUACUUUCACAAACACUGUAUUGUGGUGAAAUUAUUGCAGACCGAUUUGAAUCAUCAUUCCAAAUGUUUUAUGAAAGAUUAUGCUUCUUCUAACCUGAAGGGAAAUAAAUUUCAAAUGGCAA